CUUUCCCUUUCCUUCUCAAAGUAGUAAAUUAUAAUAAUAAAACAUCUUCUAUAAUUUUCCAUCAUUUUCUUGGUAACCAACCAAACUCCAACGGACCCCAAAAUUUAUCAAAUAUUUCAUAUCAAACUUACUUUGCCUUCUUCUUUAUCUUAGAAUAUGAUAUUUUGCUUAGCUAAUUUUGUAGGUUUUCUUUCUAGGGUUGCUUUAGUAUUAGUAAAUUGAAUUUUGAAUCGUUAUAGUUCUCGAAUUUCGGGUAGGUUUAUUGGAGUACAUUUGAUGGAUCUUUUAUUCAAUAAUUAAAAUUAAUUUUUUUUUGGGGUUCUAUUGGCUUUUGGCAUUUGUGUUAUUGCUAAUUUUUCUAGAAAUUUAGGUGUUUUUAAUUGAUGGUGGAUCGAAACUCGACUGCUUCAAAGCCUAUAUGGAUGAAACAAGCCGAAGAGGCCAAGCUGAAAAGUGAGGCCGAAAAAGCUGCUGCUGCUAAAGCAGCUUUCGAAGCCACAUUCAAAGAUGUGGAUAAGAAUCGUAACGAUGAAAUGGUGGCAGCUUCAUCGGAUAGUGAGUCUGAGGACACCGGUGACUUGGUGAACAAGCCAAUUGGUCCUGUGGAUCCUUCCAAGUGCAUGGCAGCGGGGCCAGGAAUAGCAGGUGGCACCGCCUGUGCAGCCUCCACGUUUAUGGUGGUAACAAAGGAUGCUGAUGGGAGGAAAGUGCUGAUUGGGGGUGCGCUGGUUAAGGUGAAGGUUUCGCCAGGUGUGGGUGUUGGGGGUUUGGAACAGGAGGGCGUUGUGAAGGAUAUGGGAGAUGGGACUUACACAGUGACUUAUGUGGUGCCUAAGAGAGGGAACUAUAUGGUGAGCAUUGAGUGCAAUGGGAAACCCAUCAUGGGUAGUCCAUUCCCAGUGUUCUUCAGUGCAGGUACUUCUACUGGGGGGAUACCAGGGGUGGCUCCUGCAUCCACUUAUCCAAGUCUGGUCAACCAAACCAUGCCCAACAUGCCAAACUACACGGGAUCUGUUUCUGGAGCUUUCCCUGGCUUAUUGGGAAUGAUCCCGGGCAUUGUUUCUGGUGCUUCAGGUGGUGCUAUUUUGCCGGGAAUGGGGGCAUCUCUUGGGGAAGUUUGUGGAGAAUACCUCAAUGGCCGAUGUACUAAAACUGAUUGCAAAUUGAACCAUCCUCCCCACAAUUCGCUGAUGACUGCUUUGGCUGCAACAACCAGUAUGGGGACUCUCAGUCAGGUUCCUAUGGCACCUUCUGCAGCUGCAAUGGCUGCAGCUCAGGCUAUUGUUGCUGCUCAGGCCCUUCAAGCUCAUGCAGCUCAGGUGCAAGCACAAGCUCAGUCAACCAAAGAUUCAUCUGAUUCUCUUGACAAAGUUGGGAAGGCUGAUGCAUUGAAAAGAACCCUACAAGUUAGCAAUCUUAGCCCACUUCUCACAGCAGAGCAGUUGAAGCAGCUUUUUAGCUUCUGUGGUACAGGUGUUGAGUGUACAAUCACUGAUUCAAAGCAUUUUGCUUACAUAGAAUAUUCAAAACCUGAGGAAGCAAUAGCUGCUUUGGCAUUGAACAAUAUGGAUAUUGGUGGUCGACCAUUAAAUGUGGAGAUGGCCAAAAUGCUUCCUCAGAAAACAGCAAUUUCAUCGUUGGCUUCAUCAUCUCUGCCUAUGAUGAUGCAGCAAGCUGUUGCCAUGCAACAGAUGCAAUUCCAACAGGCUUUGCUUAUGCAACAAACCUUGACUGCUCAGCAGGCAGCUAACCGAGCUGCAAGCAUGAAGUCUGCAACCGAGUUAGCUGCAGCAAGAGCUGCAGAAAUAAGUAAGAAGCUAAAAGCUGAUGGACUUGUGACUGAAGAGAAGGAAACAAAGAGUAAAUCUAGGUCACCAUCCAUUUCUCAUGAAAGGUCAAGAUCCAAAUCAAAAUCACCCCUUAGUUAUCGGAGAAGGUCAAAAUCAAAGUCUAGAUCACCAAUCAGGUACCGACGAAGGUCAAUGUCCAAGUCAAGAUCACCAAUCAGUUAUAGGCGAAGGAGGUCUCGCUCUUAUUCACCUCUGCCUCAUUUUCAACGAGACCGUAGGUCCAAAUCACCUGUCAGAUCUCAUCGUCGUUCAAGGUAUGAUAGUGAACGGCUAUAUAGAGAUAGGGAUGAGAGUGACAGGAGUAGGAGACAAGAUAUGGAUAGAUCACGUGAUCGUCAUUCAUCUAUUUCAAGGAGAAAUAGGAGUAGGAGUACUAGUCCUCGAACAAGAAAAUCACCUCCUGUUGAUUCAGACUCCCCAAAACAUAGCAGAGAAAGUUCACCAAGGGUGAGGAAAUCAUCUCGUUCUGGUUCAAGAUCACCAAGGCGUGAUAGAAGUAGGUCAUCCCCAAAGAAUGAUGAUGAAAGCAAAUUGAAAAACAGAAAGCACUCUAGGUCAAAAUCUAUUGAUUCUGAUAACAAAAAAGAUGAAAUCUUGGAUAAAAAAUCAAAGCACCACAGCAGAAGGCAUUCCGGGUCAUUAUCUUCAGAAGGUAAGCAUCGAGGAAGAAGCUGGUUUUCUGCAAGUUCAGACGAAAACAAAUCAAAACACAGAAGGCAAUCCAGGUCAGUUUCUGUCGAAGGCAAGGUUCGCUCCUAUAGAAAAAUUGAUGAAAUGAGAAAAGAUGAGUUGAGACAUAGUGAUCGAAGGCGAUCCCGGUCCGGAUCUGCUGAAGGUAGGCAUUACACCAAUGAGAGGAGAGAUAGAAGCAGAGAUAAGAAGUCUAAGCAUCGGGAUAGAAGACACUCGAGGUCAAGAUCUGCUGAUGGCAAGCAUCACAGAAGAAGCAGGCUGUCCCCCAGAAAUUUGGAUGAAAAUAAAUCAAAACAUCUAAGGUGCUCCAGUUCAAAGUCUACUGAAGUCAAGCAUCAUUCUAUUGAUAAAAUAGAUGAAAGAUCAAAGCACCAUGAAAAAAAUUAUUUAUUAUCUGCUGAAGGUAGGCCUCCUAAAAGAAGCAGAUCUUCUCUGAGAAGUUUUGAAGAUAAUGAUUCAAGAUACAGAAGGCACACUAGGUCAAAGUCAGCAGAAGGGGAUGAUGGAAUGUUGGUUUCAAAAGAGGAGGCUUAUGAUUCUAAAGUUUCGGUGAAUGAUGAUCAGGAAUUGAAGAGCAAAUGUUUACCACCAUUUGGCAGUGAUGAAGGACUCUCACCAAAUAGCAGAUUGGAUGCAGAUGAACUAAACAAACUUGAAAGAUUAAGUGGAUCAGAAGAUCAUUCCAUUUCUCCUCAGCGGAAAUGAGCUGCAGGUUUUAGUUGUAGAACUGGACCUUGGGGGAUUUCUGUGAUCAAAGCUGUUCCAAGCUGUCUGACUUCUGAGUCUGCAAUUUAGGCUUGGUCCAGUUCAAGCUUGAUCAGAUAUGAACAACUUUUGAGUUUAAUGAGCUUUUGGCUUCUAAAUGAACGGCAGUUCACUUAAGAGAUUGCUUUGUGUUUGUUUUGGUGCUUGGAUUUUUCAGCGAUUUGCUGUUACUUCAUAAAUGUAUGCCCGUUGUGCUCUUUUAUCCUUUGCAGGCUUGUGGAACAGAUUGGAAUUGAAGUCUCUGAGCUGACAUUUACAAUGGAUAAAGUAUUUCAAGCAGUGUUCUAUCAGCUGCAAUCGACCAUGCAAUGUUUGUAGCGAGCUUCUUUGACUGCUAGAUGUAUGUUGAAACAUUAUCUUUAUUGCUGAACUAUGAAUUUAUUAUGUGUUUAUUUGAAAGUUAUCCUCUCUGCCUCUGGAUUGAAUUCUUUAUGUUUGUGUAUGUACUAGCAAGCGUGCAUCUAUCUGAAGUCUGAGGUCCUCCAAACAGUUGAUUGUAGAAUAGGGACUUGCUAUCUUCUAGUCUAGAAAAUGAAAAUGCUCAAUAUUGAGAAGUUUUAUCUUACUGUGGGCCUGUUUCCGUGUGCACCAUUUACUUAGUUUGUUUUUGAUAUGCCUUCUUUCACUCCUGGUCUUUAUUUUCUUCCAAGUUACCUUUUUCUACUAACAGACGUGAUGUCCUACAACUUUUGGCCUUUCAUUGAUAUGCUUGAUCAUAGGUUCCAUUUUUAUUUGCCUUUGAUGGUCUGGAUGGCCUGUUGUAUCCCAAACUCAUGCAGGUUAUAUACAUCGUUUUCCUGUUGGAGCUGUCAGUGAUAAGUUUGGAGAGUUGAUUUUUACUUGAUCUAUGUGAAGGUAUGCAGUUGCUUCGUGGCAGAGAGCUAUGUUAUAAAUUUCUAUUAACAUUGUUGAAAUUUAUAUAGUGUUGAUUGAUACAAAUAACAGUGUAUGCAUUUCUGUGCUUCUGUCUGCAAUAUCUUUUUUCUGUUGUAUUAUAAACAUGGUUCUUUACUCGUCCCAUCCUUUUCACUUGCCCCUUUUUUUUCUUUCUUUUUUUUCCCUGUUUGUUUUUCCUCCUUUCCAAGGAAAGUUCUUGGCCAAAGCUACUUUGAGGUCCUGUGUAACCAGAUACCACCAUGAUGAAUAACGUCUCUAUUUGAUCCCCAUAGCAAAUUGGUUGAUCAUUCUACUUAAUUUAUCAUUUUUCACAGGUAAUCUUCCAUGACACUGCCUGGCUGAGUUUUGUUUUAUGAUAGUAUUUAGUAAGUUGGAUUUGCUUGCAUUUAUGUCCUACGCAUUAAUUCUUUGGCUAUGGUAACUUUUUUUCUGGUUGAUCAGCAAAAUUCUGUUGAUUGACUGAAGCAAUUGGAAAUCUUUAAAUUCUGUUUUCUUGCAUAGUUAACACCUGGAAAACUUCAUCUAACCAAUUGAGACAUUAUUUGGUCCUUUUUGGGGCUAGCUUGGAGUUAAAGACUGUUUUUUUGUUUUAAGCAUUUGGGAUUGGUAGGGAGUUCAUUGUAUGUUAAAUUUAAUGACUAAAUGCAUUUGUUUUGGUUGUUGAUGGCAUAUGGUUUUGCACUCAACUAGAACUGUGAUGUUAGCAUCUAGUGCUCACUUAUUUUUUCCCCCUUCCGUUCCUUUUUCCAGGUUUUUUUUUCUUUUCCCCCUCCCUUUUUUUCCUGUUUCCUUUUUUUAUUUUAGGACAAGGCAUGGAUAUGGUGCUAUAAGAGCUCAGCCUUGGUCUCAAAUUCUAUGGAAAUGUUUGAGUGGCAUGAAGCAGAUGACAAAAUGUUGUUGCGUUUCACACAACUUAUUAAUUCCCUCAACCCUGCCCCAUCUCUCUCUCACUCGCUUCUCCUAUUGCUGUAGUUUCGUACUGUUUUUCUCUCAUUUUUUUGCGUUGUCAUAGUCAUUUGAAGAUGCUGGCUGCCAUGAUUGAGCGAUCUAGUGAAAGGAAUAUGUGAUGAGCUGAUGUCAAGCUGUAGUUCCUAAUAUUGUCUGCCACCUUAUAAACUUAAAUAGAACUGCAAUUUAAGAAAUUUUUGCGUUGAAAUCUAUCACCCUCAGUCAGUCUGUGCCUCUUACCCUAUUUAUUUAUUUAUUUAUAUUUUUACUACAAUCUAAGCAA